ACCAAUUAGCAAAAUAGGUACCUAUGUUGAAGAAUUUUGUUGUUUUCGUUUUAAAUUCGUUGUGAUUUCGAGUGAGGAUUGAUAUUUUAUAAUCCUUAAACAAAACAGUGCUCACACAGUUUGUAAUUACUACCAAGUGUUUGGUCACCACAGGGAAUAGAAUAAUAUUUAUUUCAGGAAAAAACUUAUCAUGCAAGACACAAGGCCAGAACUGUACGAAGAAGUGAAACUUUACAGAAAUGCCAGAGAACGUGAAAAGCAUGACAAUAUGGCUGAGUUGUAUGCUGUUGUCAGUACCCUCCAGCACCUGGAAAAAGCUUACAUGAGAGACUGUGUGCGGGCACAGGAGUACACUGCAGCAUGCAGUCGCCUGCUGGUCCAGUACCGAGUGGCCUUCAAGCAGGUGCAAGGGGAUGACUUUCCUACUAUUGAGUCCUUUGUUACCAAAUUCAGGUUAGAUUGCCCAGCAGCUUUGGAGAGGAUACGCGAGAACAAGCCAAACCUUAUCAAGGAUGACAAAGGGAACACCAACAAAUACAUUGCUGAGAUUGUUUCACUCUUCAUCACGCUGAUGGACAAGUUGCGGCUGGAGUUCCGCGCCAUGGACAUGAUCCAGCCCGAGCUGCGCGACCUUCGCGACACCAUGGACCGCCUGGAGAUGCUGCCCGAGGACUUCGAGGGCAAGCUGAAGGUGCAAGAGUGGCUGGACAAGCUGUCGGAGAUGUCGGCGUCGGACGAGCUGAGCGAGGCGCAAGUGCGGCAGUUGGUGUUCGACCUGGAGUCCUCGUACGGCGCCUUCAACAAGUUCCUGCACAAGGACUGAGGCCACAGGUGAAGCAAUGCUCAAGCGUUUACCCAAACCAUCGCUAUUAUCGGCUAUUAUAUUAUUGUUGUUAUAUACUGAGGAGUCGGCGUCGAUGGCAAUUUAUGUUACAAGAACUAUUAUGUAAUAUAAAUUUGUAUACCAUAUUAUUAAUAUUUAAUAAAAUGAUUAAUUGAUUGACAAUCAAUGAAUUGAUUUCAA